CCGAGGAGUAUCGCGCAGUGCAGAGCGCGACGGCAGGCCGUGAGCACGUGCUGGAACUGGGACUCCAGCAUGCUGGAGGUGACGUUGCUGCUGGUGGUGACAGUCGUGGCGGCGCUCACCGCCGCGUACGUAUCCAGGAGGUGGCACCUCUGGAGCGAGAUAGACAAGCUGCCGGGAGAGCUGGCCGUACCGCUGCUAGGCAACACCUACAAGAUGCCCUUCAUCGCUCGGGAAGAUGCAGUCGCUCACGUGGACAAAAUAACCAGGAAAUACUGGCCUAUACAUCGAUCUUGGCUUGGUCCCAUUCCUGAAGUCCACAUUAGCAAACCAGAGCAUCUCGAGAAGAUAAUGACGAGCAGUGAACUGAUAACUAAAGCGGACAGCUACAGCUUUCUGCACCCCUGGCUGGGAGACGGCCUUCUGACUAGCACAGGAACGAAGUGGCAUUCUCACCGCAAGAUGAUAACGCCAGCCUUCCACUUCAGUAUCCUGGACAACUUCGUUGAAGUAUUUGCGGAAAAAUCUGAGAUUUUGGUAAAUCUACUGAAGACAAAAGCUGAUGGCCAGUCCUUUGACAUGUACCCCUACAUCACACGCUGUGCCCUCGAUAUAAUAUGUGAAACUGCUAUGGGGACCUCAAUCGACGCACAGCACAACAUCGAUUCUGAUUAUGUAGCAGCGGUGUACAAUAUUGCCGAGCUUACAAUUAAGAGAGUCGUCAGGCCGUGGCUUCUGAGUGACUUCAUCUUCCGGAUGUCUCCGACAGGGAAGAAGUUCUACAAGCAGCUGGAUGUUCUACACGGAUUUACCAGGAAGGUCAUUCAACAGAAAAAGCAGUCGAGAAAGACCCAAAAAGGUGACGAAAAGGCGGCACAGUACGAUGAUCUUGGGAGAAAGCGGCGUGUGGCCUUCUUGGACAUGCUCCUCGUCGAGUCUGAGGAUGGGCAGAAACUAACUGACAAAGAGCUGCAGGAGGAAGUGGACACUUUUAUGUUUGAGGGUCACGACACGACCACAGUUGGCAUGUCCUGGGUUCUCAUCCUGCUGGGGCACCAUCCAGAUGUACAGGAGAGAGUUUACGCCGAGCUGAAAGACAUAUUCCAAGACGAGCAGAGAGCACCGACAAUGCAGGAUCUGAAUAACAUGAAAUAUCUCGAAAUGGUCAUCAAGGAAUCCUUGAGAAUUUAUCCAAGUGUGCCUUUCAUCCAACGCAGGGCCACUCAAGAUGUACAAAUAGCCGGCUACAACAUCCCGGAGGGGACCACACUGACGCUGCACAUCUACCACGCCCACCGUGACCCCGACCACUGGCCGGAUCCGGAGCGCUUCGACCCGGACAACUUCCUGCCGGAUAGGGUGCAGGGGAGGCACCCCUUCGCCUACGUGCCCUUCAGUGGCGGCCCGCGCAACUGCAUUGGCCAGAAAUUCGCCGUCCUCGAAGAGAAGACAGUGCUGUCGUACAUCUUACGCAACUUCCGCGUAGAGACGGUGGAGAAGCGGGAGGACCUGAAGCUGAUAGGCGAGCUGGUGUUGCGGCCUUUCAAGGGCGUCUUCCUCAGGCUGACUCCGCGGCAGCGGCGUAGAUUAACACUUAACGAGGUAACAGCAGUAGAUACUUCUGGUUCUUCUGCACACCCUGAUGUUGGUGCUCCCCAGGCAACUACCUCCGAGACCCAGCCCAAAACCGCUGAUGCGUUUCCGCCACUCGUUGGACGGCAAACUGCUGCGCCAGUUUGUCUUGAAAGUGAAUCUCAGCAAAAGAAAAGGCCGCUGGAACGUAGUGAUGAGCAUUCAGAUGAGGAAGUAUCUCACUCGACUCCUGCAGCCCGGAAACCAAAACCAUCAAUGGCGGAGGAUUUAGUACCAGAUGAUGUUAUGCGGGUCGAUUUUGAAGCCAGUGCGGAUGAACUUGAGGGGAUGCCGAAUUCUGAGACGCCGGGUCAUGAACAGGAACCUCCAAUUUUGAGUGCCGCGCCCGAAGGACAACAGCCGCUACAGCGCGCACACAGUGAGGAAGUGUUGUGUCAACAACGCGCUACAGCUGACGCCCGACAACAAGUUCCGGGCGGAAGUAAACAAGCGAAAGUGUUUACCAACCUGCCAGCUGCCGGCGGCAGUGCUGCGACAACGAAACCACCACGUCUCAAAGAAUCCACAAAAACUCCGGGACCUCAAAACGCCCCACGACGAAGGCUCAAUCCACAGCCAAAUCUCUCCGUUCCUCGCAAGAAGGAGGCCGUCCGACCCGACGAGGCCUCGGAGAACCUACACGACGAUACGAAUGACGACAACAUGACGCCGACUGUGGAUACGUCGAUGCCUACUCUACUGGCUCGCUCAGGUGCUCCUGAACCAAUGGACUCCGCAGAUGCGACUGCCGCCGAGACGUCCUCUGCCCCUACGACCGAAGUGGAACGUACGACCAUCACAACGACAACGCCUUCAAUGGUGUGGAGUGAGGACGUCGAUGAGGACCCGGACCACACGCUGGGGACAGAGGAACGUCGGGCAGUCCUGGACUCGUUGACAGUACGAGCUGGAGGCACGGCUAGGCUACAGCAGCUAAGCAGAGCAAAGUACUGUAGAAUGCUGACAGUGACGGCCCUGUUGGCGGCGGUGGUGGUGUUCGCCGUUUCCGCCAUGCUACUCUCCCGCAGGUGGCGGGUCUGGAGGGACGUGGAGCGUAUCCCGGGCGACCUAGCCCUGCCCUUCCUGGGGAACACCUACGUCUUGCUCUACAUGCCUCGCGAAGAUUUUAUGGAAUUCGUGAAGAAGACGACUAAGAAAUUCUGGCCUAUUCAUCGAUUAUGGCUUGGUCCCUUCGCAGAAGUAAGAAUAACUAAACCAGAACAUAUAGAGGUUGUCAUGGCUAGCAGUGAUCUUAUUACUAAAGCUGACCUCUACGCAUUCCUGCACCCCUGGCUGAGAGAAGGUCUUCUCACGAGCACAGGAACAAAGUGGCAUUCACAUCGAAAGAUGAUUACGCCCGCCUUCCACUUUACCAUUCUCGAUAAUUUCAUUGAAGUGUUUGUGGAGAAGGCAGAAGUAUUGGUAAAGCUUCUGACGUCGAAAGCCGAUGGGCAAGCCUUCAACAUUUAUCCGCACAUCACACGCUGUACCCUCGAUAUCAUAUGCGGUAGGAAGCGGCGAGUGGCCUUCCUCGACAUGCUGCUCGCCGAGUCUGAAGAUGGCCAGAAGUUAACCGACCAAGAGGUACAGGAGGAAGUGGACACUUUCAUGUUUGAGGGCCACGAUACGACCUCGGCCGCCAUAUCUUGGGCUUUAGUCUUACUCGGACACCACCCAGAGAUACAAGAGAAUGUUCAUACCGAGUUAAAAGAUGUAUUUGAAAGAGAUCAUUUUAGAGGCCUCACAAUGCAAGAUCUACAUAACAUGAAGUACCUUGACAUGGUAAUUAAGGAGGCAUUGAGGCUUUAUCCAAGCGUGCCAUUCAUCGCCCGCAAGGUCACCAAAGAUGUGCAAGUGGGUGGGUACAGGAUACCAGAGGGCGUAACAGUAACGAUGCAGAUCUGCCACACCCACCGCGACCCCGACCACUGGCCGGACCCGGACCGCUUCGACCCGGACAACUUCCUGCCGGAGAGGGUGCAGGGCAGACACCCCUUCGCCUACGUGCCCUUCAGCGCGGGGCCCCGAAACUGCAUAGGCCAGAAGUUCGCCAUCCUGGAAGAAAAGACAGUGCUGUCGUACAUCCUGUACAACUUCCGCGUGGAGACGGUCGAGAGGCUGGAGGACCUGAAGCUCCUGGGCGAGCUCGUGUUGCGAUCUUUCAGCGGCCAUGUCGUCAGACUGACGCCUCGGUAGCAACUGGAUGAUGUACCGCUACAC